AUGUUAGAAAGGGGAAAAAAUAGCAUACUGGAAGUACUGAUGAACAAUGAAAAGAGGAGCGCAGAAGAGGAGGUGGAAGAAAAGUUCGAAGAAGACCUGGGAAAGUUCAUAGCAUACUCGUACUGUAAACAUAACUUUAACCUGGAUAAGAAUGAAGAGUUCGACGGAAGCCUGUACCUGUUGGUGAUAAAAGAUAAUCGCAAAAUAAACUUUCACAGAAUAAGGAACUACGUAAAAUAUGAAAAGAAGCGAGAUAUGAUAGACGUGGAAGGAGAGUCGCGCAAAGUUGAGUCGGAGAGUACAGAAAACGAAGUGCACAUGCUGGGCGACGAAGAGUACGAAGUGAGGCUGAAGAAGAACCCGUUGAACCUGAAGACGCUAAUAGUGUCGAAGAGGCCAGAUAAGGUGGUAGAAAGGCACAGGCUGACGCUGAUAAUAGAGGCUUCAGUGUACGCGGAGGCGCACCUAUUCAACUUCUGCUGCUGCCUGGAAGCAGGAAACAGAAUGAACAUGUUCUACUACGACCCGGAGGAGCUGAACUACGCAAACGAAAGAGACACAAUAACACUGGACAACAUAUCAAUAAGAGAAGUGUUUUCAAGCGUGAAAUCAGUAUACAAUGAAGAGGUGCUGCGAGGGUUCAGCGAUGUGUACAAUAUGCUCAUAAGCACGCUAAAAAAGGGAAAAUGGAAAUUAAAGGGGUUUGACGAGGUGGAAAACUUAUUCGAUUCAACAAUAAAUAACUAUAAACACAUAAACGCAAUAAAUAAGGUUGUAAAUUAUGAUGGACUGCGGAUAAAUAAAUGUUACCUGGAUGAGCAAAUAGUGGAGUCGUUUUCGUCAUUCAGCUACCUGGACGACUCAACAAUAGAUUUUUUCAAUCAAUUCACGUACAACUACAUAAUGAGUGAGAAGCAGCAGGACUCAUGGGUAAUAUUGAGCACAUAUUUCGUAACAAAAAUAAAGCAGUACAAAAACGCGAAAGAAGCAUACACAAACACGUGGAAGUGGACAAGGAAGUUUAAAAGGCCGCUGCCACUUAAUCAUUUUAUCUUUAUACCAAUUAAUGUGUCGCAAGUGCACUGGUCACUGGUAAUAAUAGCGUACCCGAAGUACGCAAUAAGGUACCACAGCAACAAGUCGGAGAAGAAGGCGUCGAUCAUACACCUGGAUUCACUGGGAACGAAGGAAGUGGACGAGAACAUGUGCAACCUGCUGAAGAAUUAUCUCUACGAAGAGUUUGAUAACAGGUGUAAGGAGCUGAAGGAAAAGGGGUUUGAGUUUAUGCUGGAUCAGAAUUGCUGGGACUCAGUAUGGCCGCCGAGAGGAGUGCCGCUGCAAAAUAACGGCUACGACUGCGGAAUAUACCUUAUAGAGUACAUAAUCUACCUGGUGUUGAACGAAAACGUGUUCUCGCAAAUAAUACCCAAGUACUACGAACAGUUCAACGCCAGUAAAGUGUUUGAGCCGAGCAGGUCGAGCAAAUGGUUUACACAAAAUCAAAUUCAACAGAGGAGGCUGAACAUGAAGCAGGUGCUCAAGUUCAUGAAAGAUAACCCGAAGUGGUCGGCGGACGACGAGAAGAUUAAAUAUAUAAUAGAUAAAAUGACGCAGCAAUAUUAG